CGGCUGUACAUGCAGGGCAGGCAGGCUUUGUGCGCUGACUCGGAGCUUUAACUAAUGCAUUGGGGGCCACAGCCUUGGAGUGGUGCAGGAUCUGCCCCGGACUUGGGCUCUUCUAAAGGCGGUGACGGCUUUUCGAUCGUCUGAUCGGGAAAUAUCCCGCCCUGCAGAAUGCGGAUAUCCCACCUGCUCCCUCUGUGUGCCCUCCAGCUCAUCGUAUUAGCAAGAUGCAGAACGCUUGCCAAAAAUAUCAACUUUCAUAACGUGAGACCUCCACUGGAUCCUACGCCGUUCCCUAAUAGCUUCAAGUGUUUUACAUGUGAAAGGGCUGCGGAUAACUACAACUGCAACCGAUGGGCGGAAGACAAGUGGUGCCCCCCGAAUACUCAUUAUUGCAAGACGGUCCACCAUUUCACGGGCCAUGGACGUAGCAAAUCAGUGACGAAAAGAUGUGCCACUAAAGAGGAAUGUCGCACGGUGGGGUGCCACCACCACCGGGACUCCGGCCAUUCCGAGUGCAUAUCCUGUUGCGACGGAAUGAUCUGCAACGUGGACGUUCCAACAAAUCAUACGAACGCCUUAUUCUACGCAAUGAGAUCUCAUCGAGCGUCAGGCGCAUCAAGACCCAGCGCUCACUUGUGUGGAGUUCUAUCACUUUUAGUACUUCUCGUCUUAUUCUAACCCAACUGAAAGCUUAUUCUCGAGAUUGCGACUUCUUUUGAUGAACGGUACAUGUCGAUGUAAGCUCUUCUACGAAAUCACAUACUUGAAAGUGAUCCAUGGCUGUGAAAGACUGUGUUUUACCGCAUCGGUUUCAGGAGACGGAAUUAUGCUAUGGACGGCAAUCCAGAAGCCGGAACUGUGAAAGAGACGUUAAUAUUUUUAAUUUUUUUAUAUUUAUUUAUAGGACACGAUAUUGCAAACACUUCAUAUACAUAAAAAAAAGGGGCUCGAUAAUAUAUUCUCGAUGGAUCGCUAAAUUAUGCUUCCUUUUUCUCAGUGGGUGGGUUA